CCCCCCCCCCCCCCCCCCCAUUCCCGCCAUUUCUGAUUACUCCUCUGUUCCUGUACCUGCACCUUAUCCUGCACUGUCUUCUCUCCCGCUCUUACGCUCUCUGCCAACCAUGUCAUCCACGCCCCUUCCCAAAGCUAGCGUGCUGGUACCUUUGUAUAUCUAUCCAUUGCCUAAUGACUGGGAUCCACUUUUUGACGCGAUUGAGACCCAUCCCGAUGUGGAAUUUCUGGUGAUCAUCAACCCCAACAGUGGCCCCGGGGACAUACCUUCUCCCGAUCCGAAUUAUGCACGCGAAGUGGCCCGUCUGAACAGCCAUCCGAAUGUUUACCUGAUCGGUUACAUCCGUAUCGACUAUUGCCGAAAGCCUUUGCCCGAGACCUUGGCGGAAAUCGAUCGCUAUGCGCACUGGGCGACCGACGAGCGCCCAGGACUAGGGCUAGGGGGCAUUAUGGUCGACGAGACUCCCAACCAUCAUACUGCCGAGCGAGCCGAGUAUCUACAAAAACUGCACGAGUAUGUCAAAUCCGUGGAGGGCAUUCUUCGGGAUCGAUUGGUUGUCCACAACCCGGGCACGCCGCCUGACCCUAAGUUGGCCGACCCGAGCCCGGAUCUCAUCCUUGUCUGCGAAGAGCCCUAUCCUCGCUAUCGCUCCGACGAGGUGCAGCGCUAUUAUGCGCAGUUUGACUAUCCUCGGGUCCAAUGCGGCUACAUGAUUAGUGAGGUGCCGCGCGACGAGGUGCGUCCCCUGGUCCAAGAAUUGCGCCAUCGUGCUGCCUACAUCUUCGUCACCGAGAUUGCAGGUGAUUUUUACGAGCGCUUUGGACCUCAGAGCUGGGGAAUGAUGAUGGACGCCCUGCGGUUGGUCGAGUCCGACCAGUAAAUUAGCUAUGUAGUUAGGUAGUUACUAGGAAGAAAGUUGAAACAUGAACCAGUGGAGAUCCGGG